GGUCACGUGCCGCUGCUCACGUGCCCGACGCUGCUGUCACUUUGCAGCUGUUCCGGCUUCCUCGGAGUGAGGCUCCCUACGUCGCCCACGGAGUCGCCUUCGUUUCGCUCUGGGUCUCCCGUGGCCACCGAGGCCUCGGAGCUCGACCGACCGGCGCCCGCCCGCCCGCCCGUGCGGCCCUCAGCCCCCGACGCUAGCCAGGUCUGUGGAUAAACAUUCAAAAUCAUAAAGUUUAGAUGACCAAGAUGGACAUUCGAGGUGCUGUGGAUGCUGCUGUCCCAACCAACAUCAUUGCGGCCAAGGCUGCUGAAGUUCGUGCUAACAAAGUGAACUGGCAGUCUUAUCUUCAGGGGCAGAUGAUUUCUGCUGAAGAUUGUGAAUUUAUUCAAAGGUUUGAAAUGAAAAGAAGUUCCGAGGACAAGCAAGAGAUGCUUCAAACUGAAGGCAGCCAGUGUGCUAAAACGUUUAUAAAUCUGAUGACACACAUCUCCAAAGAACAGACAGUGCAGUACAUACUAACCAUGGUAGAUGAUAUGCUGCAGGAAAAUCACCAGCGUGUCAGUAUUUUCUUUGACUAUGCGAAACGAAGCAAGAGCACUGCCUGGCCAUACUUUCUGCCAAUGUUGAAUCGCCAGGAUCCCUUUACUGUUCAUAUGGCAGCAAGAAUUAUUGCCAAGUUAGCUGCUUGGGGGAAAGAACUGAUGGAAGGCAGUGACUUAAAUUACUAUUUCAAUUGGAUAAAAACUCAGCUGAGUUCACAGAGUUCUCAGUAUGUGCAGUGUGUUGCUGGCUGUCUGCAGCUGAUGCUCCGGGUCAAUGAGUACCGUUUUGCCUGGGUGGAAGCAGACGGAGUGAACUGUAUAAUGGGAGUUUUGAGUAACAAGUGUGGUUUUCAACUUCAAUAUCAAAUGAUUUUUUCAAUAUGGCUCCUGGCAUUCAGUCCUCAAAUGUGUGAACACCUUCGUCGCUAUAAUAUCAUUCCUGUUCUAUCAGACAUCCUUCAAGAAUCUGUCAAAGAGAAAGUAACAAGAAUCAUUCUUGCAGCAUUCCGUAAUUUCUUAGAAAAAUCAACGGAAAGAGAAACUCGCCAAGAGUAUGCUCUGGCUAUGAUUCAAUGCAAAGUCCUGAAACAGUUGGAGAAUUUGGAACAGCAGAAGUAUGAUGACGAAGACAUCAGUGAAGACAUCAAAUUUCUUUUGGAAAAACUUGGUGAGAGUGUCCAGGACCUUAGCUCAUUUGAUGAAUACAGUUCAGAACUUAAAUCUGGAAGAUUGGAAUGGAGCCCUGUACACAAGUCUGAGAAAUUUUGGAGAGAAAAUGCCGUGAGGUUGAAUGAGAAGAACUAUGAACUCUUGAAAAUCUUGACCAAACUUCUGGAGGUAUCAGAUGAUCCACAAGUCUUAGCUGUUGCUGCUCAUGAUGUUGGAGAAUAUGUCCGGCAUUAUCCCCGGGGAAAACGGGUUAUUGAGCAGCUCGGUGGAAAGCAGUUGGUAAUGAACCACAUGCACCAUGAAGACCAGCAGGUUCGCUACAAUGCUCUUCUGGCCGUGCAGAAGCUCAUGGUGCACAACUGGGAAUAUCUUGGUAAACAACUACAGUCGGAGCAGCCUCAGACUGCUGCUGCUCGGAGCUGAGCUGACCUAUUCAGCCUUUCUGCACUUCCCAUGGACCACUGGAGUGAGAACCUCAGUCUUUAGGGUCAAAAGCACAUAGUCUUUAAUGUAAUGAUUACUUCUUUUUUGUUGUAUAGCUUUUCCCAGUGGCAAUUCCUGGGAGAAUAAAAGCGUUUGCUUGUUAAGUUGUAUAAAAGUAGAUGCUGUCUGUAUCUAGAGAAAUGUUACUGUUACUUAUAUUCUUUAUGAUUUUUGUAUUUAUUGUCCUCUGAAAAUGAAUAUAAUUAAAGGAUUCUCACUCCAAACAUGUUCUUAAGUUUUGCUUAUUCCUAUUGUGGACUUUGAAUAAACAUCAUUUAUUAUACUAUUUCAAAUAAAAAUUGGGAGAAGUGUUCCUAGGUGAUGAUGAGAAGUAAAUGUAAAUUUUGAAAUGGUCACUUCUCUCUCUCUCUCUCUCUCUCUCUCUCUCUCUCUCUCUCUCUCUCUCUCUGGAUUUUGCUCUUGCUCUCUUACUCUGUUAUCAUAUGGACAUACACAUAUGCACCCAUAUAAUUCUACACCUUCAAGACAUCACUUAAUAACAGGUAUGUCCUGAGAAAUACAUUUUUGGGGCAGUUUAGUCACUUUGCAAACAUUACAGAAUAUAGAUACAUAAGCCUGCUCUUGAUUUGGCCUCUUGAUACAGUGAAGACAGUAGAAGGUGGACGAGGCUUUUGCUGGCAAAAUAUGGGAGACUAUUUCAAAGUAAACUUUAGGAGUACACUUUAAUACAGUAACAAAAAGUAAAUAGACACCAUGGUUGCUUAUUACCACUACCCAGUGUAGUGUAUUAUACAUAGUUCUGUAUUGUAUUCUUAUACUACUGUGAGGCAGCACUUCACUCUCAUUAUCAGCAGCAUCACACAGGUGAGCAAGGCCAAGUGCUCCAGUAUCAGUAUCUACAACAUUGCUGUGUUUAGAACAUAUUGCACCGUUGUGAUUUUU